UCCAAACUAAUCUUAACCAAAACCAAUUCUUAAACUAUUUCAUUAUUUCCAUUUCCCCUGUUUCUCUCAAAACCCCAUACGAUAACCUAAUAAUGGGACUUUCCGACAAGACUCACCACCACUUGGACGGCAAAUUUGGCGAAACAACAGAAGCAAAGAAAUGGGUAAUUACCGAAAUCUCCUUGCGUUCUCCGAUGAAGCCGACGAUUAGCCUCUCCUCCUCUGCCUUAGACAACCCGGAAGACGAAGAUCACCUGUGUCCAACGACUCCAACAGCGGCUUCCUUUAGAAUACCGAAGGCGUUUACGUGUCCUCCGGCGCCUAAGAAAAGGAAAACGUCAUUGAAGUUUAGUUACGGCGGCGGCGCUAGAGAGCUCUUCUCUCCACCGGAUCUUGAAACCGUCUUCUUACACAGAACUACUUAAUUUCUGAUUUCUCGACUCUCUUUCUAACCUUUUUAGGUUUUCUUAAAAAUAACUUGAGAUAUUUCUUCAUUACUUUAAUUAGCUUUUUAUUAAGUGUUUGAUUCGUUGUUUUUCAUUUUUACACUGGGAAAAAAAUUGUUAGGAGUUAGGACCCUGACAAAAGUUAGUGAGCGAUGUUCAUG